AUGUCACUUCGUCGCUCUCAACGAUCGCGGGGUUCACUGCACGAGUCCCUCGAACAAGAUGCUAACACCCGCACCAGGCCAACGAGACUCACUCGUUUUGCAGCAACAGCAGCAGCAUCUGCAUCGGUGACAGUCUCCCGACCACCAUCUGAUUCAUCAGGAGAGCCAACCAAACAUCUCCGCCUCACCGUAAGAAUGCCUGCUGGCAAACUGCGGGAAGCCACCACUGGCGGCCGUCCCGGAAGACGCAACGUCAAUGUUUUCCGAGAGAACCCCAUCGUGUCUGGACCCCGCACCAGUCGCACCAGAAAGAGGCUCGUAGAGGUGAACACGAGCGAUGAAGAGGACGACGACGACCAAGAAGAAGAAGACGAGAUCGGAGAUGAAGAAGACGCACCCGGUGAAGAUGAUGACGAAGAUGCCGAUGCUGACGGCGACGUCGACAUGGAUGAUGCCCCGCCGCAAGCACCGAUUAGGCGGCAGGCACGAGCAGCUGCGGCUCGUGGCAAAGCUGCCAAGAGUGUCGAAGCCAAGGAAAUGGAACUAGAGGAAGAAGAAGAUGAUGAAGAGGAGGAGGUAGAAGAAGAGGAGGACGAGGACGAGGAGGAGGAAGAGGAGGAAGAGGAGGCGUUUAACGAGGAAUCCGAUGCGGUGGGAGAACCCGAUGACGUGAAUGAAGAAAGUGCCGCCCCAGAUGAGACUGGAGAUGCAUUGGAUCUGGACGAAGAGGAUGAAGUGGACGAUGACAUGGACAGCGAUGCACUUCUCCUUGAUAGCGGCCGACAGACCACCAAACGCCAGCGAGGAAAUCUGGGCGACGACUUUCUGCAACUCCCCAUGGAACCGCAGGUCAAGAAACAUCUCACAGCUGAGGAGCGUGCUAUGCGACGGACCGAAAUGGCUCGCCGGCGGAAGAAUUUGAGCGAGAAACGGAACGAAGAAGAGAAGAUGGACACCAUCAAUCGACUGCUCAAAAAACAAGCUCCCAAGCGGCGCGGUCGAGUCUCCGCCGCAGAAGGUACCGCCGACGUCACGCCCGGCGACCUGGAGGCCCAGGAACAGGAGAAAGCCGAUGCCACCUUCGUGCGAUGGAUCAGCGGCCCGAAUGGCUGCAGUGUCAGUGUGCCCGAGGAAUGGCUGGGCACGCCAGCUGGACGGAUAUUUGGUGCACCUUCCGCGGCCACCGGAAAGCUCGUCGAGGAGCUGUGA